AUGGCGCUCUCUACUCCAACUAGCAACGGAUCCCGUCGCUUUAACCCUAUUCCGUCUCCUUCUAGGAGCGAGACUCCCAGGUCAUCAGGGUUAAUAAGACCGACAUUACCCCAAAAGAGCGUGACUAGUGCUUCUAUUGAGGAUUCCUACGUGAGUUUUAUUCUCUACUGCAACCCAGCAGUACCCUUAGAAACGGAUACGGCAGCGCUCAGAGAGGCUUUUCGAACUCCGCCAAAGAGUGAAGGCAAGAGCUUCAGCACCUUUACUUUAUUCGAACUCAUCAAGCAACUACACUCUAAAGAACUCAAGACAUGGGCAGAGUUGGCAUUGAAGCUAGGCGUCGAGCCGCCGGAUCACGACAAGGGGCAGAGUUCUCAGAAGAUACAGCAGUAUGCCGUCCGCCUAAAGCGAUGGAUGCAUUCUAUGCACAUAAAUGCCUUCUUCGACUAUUUGAUGGAUAACCCCCAUCCCUAUUGGACCCUGAUCCCGAGUGAUCCAAAUCCUGUAUGUGACGAGGGUAGAGAUGGUGUUGCUGCUGAAGAUGAUAUGGCCUUGCGUGCCUUAUUGCCUCAUAUCCGGCCACGACGGGGUCGAAAGAGACCCGAGGACGACAGUUUUAGCAAAUCUCCGUCGCAAAAGCCAAGGUUAGAGUCUCCGAAUUUUAACGGGGAGGCUAGAACCGCUCGUCCGGACUCUUUAGAUCCGUGGACCGCCCAUCCAGACGGAAGAAAUGCCUUUAUGUUUCCACCUGUUGAUCCACGAUCGAGUGUAUUGCCAGAAACGAAUUCCGCCUUCCCGUGGAGUAACGAUGUUUCCCGUGAGCCUAUGUCAGCCUAUCCCCAAUCUGCGAUGACGCCGUCGACAAGAGGGACAUUUUGGGGAGACCCCGCGGAACCCCGUUCGGCUAUUAGUCCGUCUAAAGUCAGAUCGCUCGGUCGUCGCCACGGAGCGAAGGUAGUCUCUUCCGCCUGGAGAAGUGGUGGCGUAUCCACAAGUGGUAGGCCUCGUGGGAGACCUCCUAGCAGUCGGCCUAGCGACGGUCCAUUGUCAGCAAUCCCAGACGAGCAUAGUGAAUUCCAAACAGCACCUUUUGAGCAGAGUACGUCCCAAUUAAAUACACAGCCUACCCCAAUGCACCCUCCAGACCCGGUAUCAACAUCUGCCGGGCCUACUUCUGCACCAACGACCGCACCAACGGCAGCAUCAACGACAACGCCAACUACGACUACUCCUACCACUCGACCUUCUCGACCUGGCCGCCUCUCUCUACAAGUACCGGAAAGAGCCAGCGGUCCUGUCAGGCUAGCAACUCCACCACCUCCGGUUGUAAUGGUAAAUGGGAAAAGCACGGUUAAUGGGAGUAUAUCCAACGGCACUGGCGGAUUAACAGCUAGUCCUAUAGAAGACACUUCGAUAUUCGACAAUACUGCGAGUGUAUUCACGGCCGGGCCAACCGAUGAUCCCACAGGCCCGGUCGUACAGUUCGAAUUCGAUGAUAGCGAUCGGACCAACCGCGACGAGAUGGAAACCUUGCUCGUCGCAGACCUUUUUGAAAGCGUGUGGUACGAUGAUAAAGGGCAGCCCAGCCCGCCAGCUGAUAUCAACGAGGCGCUCGCCCUAGCCCGGGCCAUCAUCGCGGGCCUUGCAAAGAGAAGCCGCACCUCGGAGGCGUUCCUGAUUGCUACGGCAGCACUAGCAGGCGCCAGACACCUCCCUAAAUCAAGUGGUGGUACAAAUUCAGUACAUCGCCUCGAAGUCGACGUAGAUUAUACGCGAUACAGCUACACGUGGGAUCUGCGUUGCGGGCUCGCGAAUGCCAGAUUCCGGUUCACAGAGAUAGUGCCUCAUGCGCGCUGGAAGAAGGGUUCACAGCAUCGAGGUGAAGGCGCUGAUGUCCCAGCCGAAGGAGAUGCCGCGGUGGAGUUCUGGCGCAGGAGGUAUGCUGACCUCGUGCAUAUGACCUCAAUGUACCGCUACGAUGCCUCGACAGAGAUGGGAGUUCGCCCUGACUCAAAGGCACAUAUCGACCUCAACAAUAACCCAAAUGCUACGAUUUCAAACCCCUUAGCUGAUAUCCCUCGUGAGCAUCUUCUCAAUCAAGUCACUCGGUUUUCCGAAUGGAAUGACCUAUGUGAGUACGUUCCCCUCAUGCGCAAGGGGGCUCUCGUUGCCAAGGAUCCCGUCCGUUUCGAAGAUAUCGAGGGGCCGGAGGCGCUCGAUGCAGAGGAGAUUGAUGCUUUAAAGAGCGAAGCUACACAUAAGUGGAAAGUCCCUAAACUCCUUUAUCUAACCAUAUUCACCUGCUCCAUAGGAGCAGCUGUACAAGGAUGGGAUCAAGAGGGUACCAAUGGAGCCAACCUGUCGUUUCCUACGCAGUUUGGUAUCGGUGGGAAUUCAGACCGUGAUGUGCUACUCGUCGGUCUCAUUAACUCGGCUCCUUAUAUUGGGUCGGCACUUAUAGGUUAUUGGCUUUCGGACCCGCUCAAUAACCGCUUUGGACGUCGAGGAACUAUAUUUAUUUCUGCCAUCAUCUGCUUGAUAGCUCCUAUACUUGGAGCUAUUACUCAGAAUUGGGAACAAUUUCUAAUUUCGAGACUGCUUCUCGGUGUUGGCAUGGGACUCAAAGCCGCGACCGUACCGAUAUAUGCUGCUGAGAACAGCCCUGCAUCUAUUCGCGGAGCCUUGGUAACAUCAUGGCAGAUGUGGACUGCAUUCGGCAUCUUCCUUGGAUGUUCUGCUAAUCUAGCAGUUGGUCAAGUUGGCAAAAUCGCCUGGCGACUCCAGGUCGGUUCGGCCUUUAUCCCAGCAAUCCCUUUAACGUUCCUCAUAUUGUUUUGCCCGGAAUCGCCGCGAUGGUACAUCAAGAAAGGCCGGAUUCGAGAUGCUAUAAAAUCGCUCUUACGACUCCGCAAUCAUCCUCUCCAGGCAGCUCGCGACCUUUAUGCUAUCUAUUUCCAGAUAGAGAUCGAAGCUGAAACCAUUACAGACUCGACUUACAUUGAAAGGGCCAUCCAGCUCUUUACAAUCCCUCGAAUUAGAAGAGCUACCUUGGCCUCCUUUGUGGUUAUGAUAGGCCAACAGAUGUGCGGUAUCAAUAUUAUAGCCUUUUAUUCUUCUACCGUCUUCAAAGAAGCAGGGACGUCUGAUUUUAACGCCCUUCUUGCUUCUUGGGGAUUUGGUCUCGUCAACUUCCUUUUCGCCUAG